GGGAAGGGAAGGCAAGGGGCGUCCCGGGCAGGAAAGGGGCGUCCUGAACCCCCCGCCCUCCUCCUCCUCCUUCUCCCUGCCGGGCCCUUCCGCCGCCUCAGCCCCAGCGCCAUGGCCAUGGCCCCGGGCAGCCGCUGCCUCCUCCUCCUCCUCCUCCUGGGCAUCCUGGGGGCCCCGGCGCUGGGCGACCCCGGCCCCCUAGAAGACGUGGUGAUAGACAGAUACUAUAUACCCAAAAUCUGCCUGCGGGAGGCGCAGAUGGGGGAUUUCAUUCGCUACCACUACAAUGGGACCUUUAAAGAUGGCAAAAAGUUUGACUCCAGCUAUGACCGAGGGGCCACGGUGGCCGGUGUGGUGGGCGUCGGGCGGCUGAUCACGGGCAUGGACCGGGGGCUGCAGGGCAUGUGCGUCAACGAGCGGCGUCACCUCAUCGUGCCACCCCACCUGGGCUACGGCAGCAUCGGCGUGGCGGGGCUGAUCCCCCCUGAUGCCACCCUGUACUUYGACGUGGUCAUGCUGGACAUCUGGAACAAGAACGACAAGCUGCAGAUCACCACCCUGUCCAAACCYGAGCGCUGCAACCGCACGGUGGAGAACUCGGACUUUGUGCGGUACCACUACAAUGGCACACUGCUGGAUGGGACCCCCUUCGACUCCAGCUACAGCAAGGGCAGCACCUACGACACCUACGUGGGCACGGGGUGGCUGAUCAAGGGCAUGGACCAGGGGCUGCUGGGCAUGUGUGCUGGGGAGAAGAGGAGCAUCAUCAUCCCCCCGUUCCUGGCCUACGGGGAGAAGGGCUACGGGACGGUGAUCCCACCGCAGGCAUCGCUGGUGUUCAGCGUGCUGCUGGUGGAUUUCCACAAUCCCAAGGACGGUGUCUUCCUGGAGCACCUGGAGGUGCCCAAAUCCUGCAAGCGCCGGGCUGUGACCGGGGACUUUGUCCGCUACCACUACAAUGGGACACUCAUGGAUGGGACGCUCUUUGACUCCAGUUACUCCCGCAAUCAGACCUACAACACCUACAUCGGGAAGGGCUACAUCAUCCCCGGCAUGGACCAGGGCCUGCAGGGGGUCUGCAUGGGGGAGCAGCGGCGAGUGGUCAUCCCCCCACACCUGGCUUACGGGGAGAACGGCGCAGGAGAAAAAAUUCCCGGCUCAGCCGUGCUCAUCUUUGAYGUCCACGUCAUCGACUUCCACAACCCCGCAGACCCGGUGGAGAUCCAGACCGUGUUCCGGCCCGAGGGCUGCAACGUCACCACCCGCGACCGCGACUUCGUCCGCUACCACUACAACUGCUCCCUGCUGGAUGGCACCMGGCUCUUCUCCUCCCACGACUAUGAGAAGCCCCAGGAGGUGACUCUGGGUGCCAACAAGGUGAUCGAGGGRCUGAACAGCGGCCUCCUGGACAUGUGUGCGGGGGAGAGGCGGGUGCUCAUCAUCCCCCCACACCUGGGCCACGGCGAGAGCGGAGCUCGGGGAGUGCCUGGCAGCGCCGUGCUCCGCUUCGAGGUGGAGCUGAUCUCCAUGGAGGAGGGCGUUCCUGAGGGCUACCUSUUCAUCUGGCACGAGGAGCCACCGGCCAACCUGUACGAGCAGAUGGACCUGGACAAGGACGGGGCGAUCCCCGCUGAUGAGUUCUCCACCUUCAUCAAGACCCAGGUGGCAGAAGGGAAAGGCCGCCUCAUGCCCAGCUCCGACCCAGAGAAAAUCAUCGCUGACAUGUUCCACAACCAGGACCGCAACCAGGAYGGGAAGAUCACACCCGACGAGCUGAAGCUGAAGUCGGAUGAGGAUCAGGAGAAGAUUCAUGAGGAGCUCUGAGGAGCAGUCCCRCUGUUCCUGGAGACAGGACUCAUCCUGGCCGUGUCAUGGCCAGUCUCCCACCCCGGGAAUCUGCCCCUGCCCCUCCCCAGUCCCGCAGCGGGGCAGAUUUUGAUUUUCACCUCUUUUAGCUGAGGGYAUUUUGAUGUGUUUWCCUGUGCAGGAAAACUCAGCYYCCAGCUAAUUAACCCAGACAAGAUGUCCCCUCCCUGASCCCUUGAUUGGCCCCCAGUGACUGCAGGUCCAGCUCCAGCCCCCUCGCCUGUCCACGCUGCCUCGGGGGGCAGGCAGGAUGCAGGGGGGCUCCCCCUCACCUCCAUCACAGCAUUUURUAGUUUAGGAUUGGGGAUUGGGUUUUUUAUACACUUAAAUUUUUUUUUAGAGAGAAGAAGCCUCUUGUCCUGGUCCCUGCUGUGUCCCUGCUGCCAUCCUGCCCAGGACAAGAGUCCAGAGGGGGCUCAGGAUUCAGGGUGAAGCCCUGAUACUCUGCAGGCAUCUGCCUUUCCUAAAGUCCCAAAACUGUGGGGAUGGGACCUGGCAAASCCCUCAUCAGCUGGGAGAAGGGAAACAGACUCCUCAUUCCAUUCCCCUCAGGGAGCAGCCUCAUCCCCCUCCAUGCCCUCCCACUUCCAGCCUCCCGUGAGUGAGACAAACCAAACCAAUUUUGUUUCAAUACCUAAAUGCAGGUCACAACCUUGGAGUGCUCAGGUUCUGGGGUGGAACCAGCACAGUUCCAGCACCUGCCAGCUCCCAGAGCCUCUGUCCURCCCCAGGGACAGAAGAAAGGUAGAAAGGAGCACAGCAGUGCAGAGCCCCUCAAACGGUGACUCUGCCUUGCACCGAGUAAUAAAUAAUUCCUCCRGGUUUCCAAGGAGUUUGACCGUGUCUGGUU